AUGGCGAUCAGUGUAGCUAUGCUUUGGUUACUCGGUACUGCAGUCACCCCGGCCGAGGGCUCCAAGAACCACCACUACGAUUUCGUUAUAAAACAGACUAACUACACAAGGCUGUGUCACGAGAAAACCGUGCUCACCGUGAACGGACAGUUCCCCGGUCCGACCAUCUACGCGCGCAAGGGCGACAUCGUCGUCGUCAACGUCAUCAACCAAGGCAACAAAAACAUCACCAUCCACUGGCAUGGUGUGGACCAGCCAAGGAACCCGUGGUCCGACGGGCCGGAGUACAUAACGCAGUGUCCCAUCCAGCCCGGCGGCAACCUCACCUACACGGUCAUCUUGUCCGAAGAAGAGGGCACGCUCUGGUGGCACGCGCACAGCGACUUUGACCGCACCACCGUCCAUGGCGCCAUCGUCAUCCACCCCAAGAAGGGUACCACCUUCCCGUUCAAGAAGCCACACAAGGAGAUACCCGUCAUCCUCGGUGAGUGGUGGAACGUUGAUGUGAACCGUCUGCUCCAGGAGGCCAAACGGACUGGUGGCGAGGUCAAUAUUUCUGAUGCGAACACCAUCAACGGCCAGCCGGGAGACCUGUUCCCGUGCUCCAAGAACGGCACCUUCAAGCUACACGUGGAGAGUGGCAAGACGUACCUGCUCCGGAUCAUCAACGCGGCAUUGGCCAACGAGCUCUUCUUCGGUGUCGCAGGGCACCGUCUCACAGUGGUUGGCACAGACGCGCGCUACACCAAGGCGUUAACCGUCGACUAUAUCAUGAUCUCGCCGGGCCAGACCGUGGACGCGCUCCUGGAGGCCGACCGCGCCACGAACGAUUCGUCCAAUUGCCGGUACUACAUGGCGGCACGGACGUUCGCGUCGAACACCGGCAUCGACUUCAAUAACAGCACCGCCACGGCCAUCAUGGAGUACACGGACGCGCCGUGUGCCGCUCGCGCGGGCACGCCGGACUUCCCCAACCUUCCAGCCGUCAACGACACCGACGCGGCGACCACAUACACAGAGCAGCUCCGGUCAUUGGCCAACAAGGACCACCCCGCAGACGUGCCAGCCCAUGUCGAUGAGCACAUGCUCAUUACCAUCGCCGUCAACGCCGUGCGCGGGCAACAUGACGUGCGAUGGCCCCCUUGGCAAUGGCAGCCGCUUCGCCGCUAG